UUUGGUUACAUGGUGGAAAGGAUUUUGUGGACAUUCAUGCCUCUCCAAAGUUGCAGUCAGGAUAUUGACAAUGCCGUGCACUUCUGCGGCAACAGAGAGAAGCUUUAGCUCCCAGAGCAGCAUUCAUACGAAGAGAAGAAAUCGCCUAACAACUCAAAGGGCAGCAAAUUUAAAUUAUAUACAAUAUAAUUCAAAAUUGCUGAAACGUUCACGACAACAUCACAUACAAAGUCAAUAUCCUAUAGAAGAGACUGUACAGAACAACGUUUCGAUAGAAGGUAGAAACUUACAGAAGGAGAUAGAAGUAAUUGAAAACCAUAUUUCCGAAGAGGAAGAAUUAGACGAGACAAUAUCAUCAUGGCAUUCAAAUACAACAGGAAAUGGAAAUUCCGACGAUGAUUUUAAUUUUGCUGACUUUGCAAUGACCGAUGAUGAAAUUGAUCAAAGAAUGGAAACUAGGGAACAGAGACCAGCACGCAUUUUGAGACAAAGCAAAGUGAACAUUUUAGAAAACGUCUUAAUGAAAUCGGGUAAAGGCACAGAACAACCCCAAAAAAAAACGGAAGUCGAGAAGGAUACUUCAGAUGCCGAAAACAAGGUAGUUAGAUCUGUAUAUAUUAUAUUAUAAACCCAUUAUUUUUACUCUCUAUGUUUACACUUUCCUAUUUAAUUUCAGGAUGCAGUUCUGGAUUUGCCGGAGAUAAAAAAAAUUACACAAGGCUCAUUGGAAGAGCAAACAAUUGAAACUUCGACGUUUUAUAACAAGAAGGUCUCCAGUUGUCUGCGAAAAAGGAAGUUGUGAUUUAUAAAAGCCGCUUAAAACAAAACUAAAGAACCUAUGUUUUCAUUUCUUUAUUAUUUGUAUGUAUUUCUUAUCCACUUUUCUUUAUUUCAUAAGUAUGUAGUUACUUUGUGUUUAUUA